GGCGGCCACGCUGCCGUCCAAGUACGACGGGAAGGCAGACAUCACCUCUUGGAUUAGUUCCAUGAGGUCGUACUUCGAGGUCAUGCGGACACCGCAAGAGGACCGAAGUAUGAUCAUGGGGACUAAUACUGAGCCCGCCGUACGAAACCACAUUGAGCUUCAAGCUGUCGCAGCAGGCUAUGAACGCAUAGACCUGACUGAUUGGCUGAAGGUCACCCCUGUCCGCGCCCUUGAGGAUCUUCUCCUUGACCGGUACCGAGAUAAACAUGCUGCGCUCAAGGCUAGGCUGAAGCUUGAGGCCCUCAAGGGCCAAACGUGGAGGUCAUCCAUGCAGGCUUUGGAACAACACUUGACUGGUCUGUUCACCACUCCGGAUCUGGGAAUGACUGACGUAUCUUGUAUGGAUGUAGYCAUGGGAGUGGCCCCUAAAGAAUACCUCUCCCUGCUAGCACUCAAGGACCAUGCCACCUUGCGAGAGCUCAUGAAGGACCUAGUCGACCUAGAGGCCAAGGACCUCGCCAGGCGCAAGAAGGCGCCCGCUGCAGGUGGGAAACCACAACGCAAGCGGUUUGGAAGCAGCAACCAGCUUGCACUGCAUGAUCAUCGGGAGGCUGAAGAUCAGUCCUAUGCGGAUGAUCUGUCUCUAGAUGACGAUCUAGAGCCGGACUCCGAUACGGGCUGUUCCACAUCAGCCCUUGAGUGUGACAGAAAUGAUGAUGAGAAACUUAAUGCAUUCAGAAAGACUGCUUCAAAUAAGGGGCCUAACUGUGGUUCAGGUGUGCGCAUCACCUUUGACAAAGAUCGCACUGUCACACAUGAGCUGAAUUUUUACUUCCUGGACAAGUGUCCUUUCGACGCGGUCAUUGGCUUGGGCUGGCUAAAGGCUCAUUGCCUAAGGACCAUGUGGGCGGACAACCAGUUCGUGGUACUUGACGCCAAGGGAAACGAGCGUACCGUCUUGUUAGAUGAGACGCGUGAGUCCCCUGUGACUCUUCUCAGUGCUAACAAAUUCUGCAGGAAGAAUGCCUACUCUUUGCCUCGCAUAGAUGAUCUGUUAGAUGCGGCCGGUGGAUGCAAAAUCUUCUCCAAGAUCGACCUCAAGUCUGGCUACCACCAGAUUGAAGUUGAUCCGAGCGACCAGCACAAAACUGCAUUCAAGACACGCGAUGGGCUGUACGAAUUCAUCGUUAUGCCCUUCGGUCUGACGAAUGCACCAACCACAUUUCAGUGCCUCAUGGACAAGGUACUCCGCCAUCAGCUUAACAGGUUUGUGGUUGUGUAUCUUGAUGACAUUCUGAUUUUCAGCAAGUUCAUGGAUGAGCACGUCAAGCACCUUGAGGAGGUUUUGCAAGUCCUCAAAGAAGCUCAAUUGCACCUCAACUUGGAAAAAUCUGAGUUUGGUAGGGGCAGUGUCAUCUAUCUCGGGCAUCGGUUGUCUGCAAACGACCUUGAGCCGGAGGCAACCAAGGUUGAGGUCAUUCAAAACUGGCCUCGACUGGCGAACGUACGUGAAUUGCGUUCUUUUCUCGGUUUGGCUUCUUAUUACCGGAAGUUUGUACCCAGAUUUUCUAUUAUUGCUCACCCGCUCUCAAGACUAACCAGCAAGAAUGUUGCAUAUGCAUGGUGUGAGAAGUGUGAGUUUGCGUUCCAAGCCUUGAAAGAGGCAUUGGUGAAUCAUCCUGUGCUUCGCAUUGCAGACCCCAACCUUACGUUCGUAGUUACUACGGAUGCGAGCCAGUUCGGGAUUGGUGCAGUGCUGCAACAAGAUGAUGGUGAUGGCCUGCGUCCGCUCGAGUAUUACAGCAAACGCAUGCCCAGCCACAAGGUAGCUACUUCCACCUAUAUGCGUGAGCUUUACGCCCUGCGCAAAGCCCUCGCACAUUGGAAGCACUACCUCUUGGGUCGCCACCUCAAGGUCUACUCUGAUCAUCAGACCUUGCAGUGGAUUCAGACACAAUCUGAACUCUCUCCUACAUUGACCCGCUGGUUGCAUGACAUUGAUGUCUACAGUUUUGAGUUCAAACAUAAGAAAGGCUGUUAUAACCGUGUCGCUGAUGCUUUGUCGCGCCAUCCCGAGUAUUUGACUUGCCUUGUGGGUUCAUACGACCUUCGAAGGAAACUGAAGGAGGAUCUGAUUGAACACACCGCCAAGGAUCCGGACCUCAGUCCCAUCCUUGAGCAGCUCAAGGCUCACCCUAACAGUCAGCCUGAUUUUCACAAAUGCGAGGGUCUUGUGUUCCGCCGGUAUGGAAAGUUCGAUCGUUUGUGUGUACCCAACCAUGCGCCUCUCCGAACUCAUUUCUUGGAUUUGGCGCAUGGUCGAAGUGAACAUUUUGGCUUUGAGAAGACUUAUGGAAGUCUUCUGCAGCAAUUUGAUUGGCCAGGAAUGAAAGGAUCUGCUCAGAAAUUCAUUGCUGAAUGUCAGGUAUGCCAAAGAAUCAAGGUUCACAGGCAUAAGCCUUAUGGCCUACUGAGACCUCUCCCCAUUCCUGAUGGACCCGGUGAGUCGAUUUCCAUCGACUUCACGGACAUGGGAAAGGUGAGUGAGGCUGGGAAUUCACAAGUCAUGGUCAUUGUGGAUCGCUUCUCCAAAUUUCUGAACUUGAUUCCUCUCCCUCCUCAUGCCCCGACUAAACUUGUCAUCGAGGAAUUCCAUCAGCAGUACAUUCUGCAGUCCGGCGUCCCGAAAACCAUUGUGAGCGAUCGGGACACCAGAUUCAUCAGCAAAGAUUGGAAAGACUUCACGUCUCAGAUCUACGACAUCAAACUGAACAGGACUUCUGGUCGACACACCGAAGCCAACGGAUUGGCCGAGGAGAUAAACCAGACCGUCAUCCAACUGCUACGCGCAAUGAUUGUUCCAGAUCAGAACACGUGGGACAAGGAAUUACACAAAGUGAAGGGGCUCAUGCUGAUGUCGCAUUUGGCUGAGGUGGCACUGCAUUGCGUUGAGGCACAAAGAGCCACUGAUGCGAUUAACAAGCUGGACCAACGAAAAUUCAAGUCGGUCAGAGAGCUUACGACUACCGUUGAGAGCCUGAUCCUCGUCCCAGGCAUCAACUAUAGUGACCAGUUCAUGUUAACUACGUUUGUUAGAUGUUUACCAGAGAACAUCAGGCACUUACUGGCCAGCGAGGCACUCACUGAGUACCACUCGUUUGAGACACUGUCUAGGAAAGCCUUAGAUUUGGAGGCCACGCUAGGCAAUGCUCAACCAACCUCUCAGAUUGACACGAAGAAGAAGAAGAGUCCUCAGGAGUGGAAGAAGAAGGGGGCUAAGUUGAUGAUGGUUGAGUCCGAUGGGACUCGAACUGAGAUCGACGAGCUCACUGACCUGAUGGACUAUACAGAGUUUGACGGCGAGGAGGUAGCUGAGGGUAGCACCCUCGCCGCGGUAGUCCAGACUAAGGCAAGUGGCCGAGGGAAGGGCCAACCUAGGAGUCAAGGAAAGGCCGCCUCCAAUCAGACCAAGCAGGCUGAAUGGGUGAAGGCAGGUCUUGACCAAGACGUGUGGCGUGACCGUCGAGUGCGUGGCGCUUGUAUCAAUUGCGGGGAAUACGGACACACGCAAUACAAGUGCCAGAACGCAAAGGUUUCGCAAAAGGACCGGGUACUGCACCUUAGUAGACCAGUAGCAUCUACUUUGGCCAACAAAGAGCGCAUGAUUGUAACAGACUAUAUGAAGGACGUAGUCUGUACCUUCUCCUAUGGAGGAGGCGAACUUAAUCAUAAGAUUUCGUUCUUGGUUAGCGACGACUUACCAUUUGACAUGUUAUUAGGCAUGUACUACCUCGAAGUUGCUAAGCCCCAGUUCGACUGGGAUAAGAAGGUGCUCAAGCAUAAGUUGCCCGAUGGCCGAACWGUCAGAUUGACYAAGUUCAAGGCCAGUAGUAUUAUAGAUACCUAUGGCUGCUUGUGCGCAUCAGCGUUCUACAACUAYUACAAGCAAAACCAAGAGGAGGGUAUGUACCUUGUUUAUGUCUCUGAGAAGGGGGAGGCCGUUAAAACACCCCCAGAGAUAGAACGCGUCGUUGCUAAGUUCCCUGAUCUGUUCGAGGAGCCCACAGGAGUUGUGGAAAGGGAAGUCGUCCACGCUAUAGAAAUCAUUCCAGGGAGAAUGUUCCAUGACGCAAAGCAGUACGUAGAGACCUGUCAGGUCUGUCAUCGGGACAAGCCGCGAACUCAAGCAACGCUUGGGUUGUUGAAGCCUUUGCCUAUCCCUGCUGGUCCAGGACAGAGUGUCUCCAUGGAUUUCAUGGACACACUGGUAACUAGUAAGAGUGGCAAGAGGCACAUCUUCGUCAUCAUCGACCGAUUCACCAAGUACGCUAGACUAGUGGCUAUGCCAGAGACUGCAAGAACUGACUACGUCAUCAAGUUGUUCAAAGACAACUGGGUGCAUGACUUUGGUUUACCAAAGUCAAUCGUUAGUGACCGAGAUGUCCGAUUCACAAGUGAGCUGUGGAAGAAGACUGCAGAACAGAUGGGCAGUCAACUUCAAAUGACUUCAGGGAAUCAUCCCGAAGCCAACGGACAGGCCGAGCAAAUGAACAGAGUGGUACAGCACUUGCUGAGGCAUUACAUCAAGCCCAACCAAGAUGAUUGGGAUGAGCAGUUGCAUCUCAUCGCCAGCCUGUACAACAAUGCUAUCAAUAGCAGUACCGGCUAUGAGAAGUUGCUACAAGAGGCUGUCGAGCAUAUGAAGAAAGCUCGGCAAGCAAUGAUUGCUUCUGAGAAUCAACAUCGUAGACAGUCCACAUUUCAGAUAGGGGAACGUGUCUGGGUCAAGGCUAGCACUUCGAGGAAGAAGGAGGCAGCGGGUUCGGACUCUACGGCCACGCGUGUGAAGGAAGCAUUUGUGCCACAGCCUGAGGCAAGGCAAUUGCAGCUGCAGGCGACGAAGGUGGCAUUCAAGUGGGUAACGCAGGGGCAGAUGGUCCCGCCAUUGUCCAAGGGGAAGUACAGGGUGAAGUGUACUUUAUGUGGCGCAGAUUGGGUUGCAUCGUACACGCGUGUGUGGCCACACUUCACACGGAAAACCCUUCCUUUCCCGGGUCGUUUUCCGGAAAUGCUUCACAUCCUUGCUGCUACGGGCCACAAGAUCGACUACAAGAAGAUGCAGCGGCUCAUCCAACUAUACCGAAUGGAGCACAACAUCCCCUUCGACGGUUUGACCCCCGCAAUUCCGGAGGAGGCUCAAGGGGAUACAUUGGAUAAGUUCAUAGUGCCACCAGCAGGGCGGCGAAGCAGAACGGUGCCAUUGUCAACGGUUGAUGAAGAAGGGCCACAGGGGAUUGACGAGGAAGGCGGUGGAAUGGCAAGGACGUCUGCACAAGGAUCUGCUGCAGGCCAGAAGUCGGGGAAGUUGACACAAGUGUCAAUCAAAAGGUGGACAACGAAUGAUUCUCAGCGGCGAUUGGAUAUCGCAUGGGGGAUGCACCUUUGUCGACACGCGCAUUGCUUGAGCUUGUUGAUGAAGGACAUCUGCGAGCUGGAUUGGGUGAAGGAGGUGGUGCAGCGCACAAAGAUGAUGGUGAAGUUCAUAAGGAGACACCAUCACACCGCCUCCCUUUACACGAAGUGUUCAGAACUGUCUUGGGAGUUGACGUUGAUUUUGCCCACGGAGGUUUGGUUUGCUUCCUCAUACAUGAUGAUGAGCAGGUUUUGGGGCAGGCGACGUGUGCUAGAGGAUAUGAUGGAGGAGGGGUGGAGGCUGUUGAGGUGGAGUGCAAGGAAAGAUCGAGACAAGUCCGACACUACGUACAUGACUGUCACUGAGAACGAGUGGUGGGUGAAGUUGCGGACAGUUUUGGAUGUGUUGGAGCCGAUAGACGAGUUGUUGAGGAAGAUGGACCGCAAUGGCACAGCCCCCCCAAGCCUUUGGCAUUUCGACGAGGGGUUGGGGAGGCGUCUCAAUGCACUCACGGGUUUGACCGAUGUUCAGUGGCAGGCAAUCAUGAAGGCAGUCCGCAAGCGCACGAAGAUGAUGAGGCAGCCUGUUCACGCGGCAAACUUUCUUCUCGACCCAAGGAGGAGAGACAUGAAGUGGUUGCUGGACAUGCAAACCCCGUUGGUCCAAAACACCCUCAAGUUCUUCUUGUCACAGUGCAAAGAGGAGGUCACUUGGGGGUGCAGGGAGCAACUCGAUCUGUGGGCAGACUUGCAAGCAUUCCACAGGGAGCCAACUGGAGACGUGGUGAAGGAUCCAGUGACAGGGAAAGAGGUGGAGGAGAGCUUGUGGACCGAAUUCGUGAAGUUUGACAGCUCGCUUACCCAAAUGACGGCCUCUGAAUGGUGGAACGCACACGGGGCCUCUCAUAAGAAGUUGCGGGACAUUGCCGUGAGGGUCACAGCGCUGUUGGACAUCAAGAAGAAGAGCAUGGGAAGCUUGGCAGGGUACUUGGACAUGUGGGCUGCAUUCUUUGAUGAUGUGGAGGCGCCACCACCGAAUGAUCCUGCUGCAUUGCCCAAGGCAGCGACUGUAGCAGAUUUGACUGGCGAUGAACUGGUCCACCAGGCAAAUCUCACGAAAACUCCCUGGGCUAGGGUCCUCAAGUAUCGGGCCGUUGAUGAAUCAAGCUCGUCGGACAAUAGUGAUGAUGGGGAAGACCUUAUUUGGAGAGGCAAAGGGAAGAAGAAAAGUGUCGUUGAAGUUCUUGACGAUGGCAAAGGCAAGGCGCAGAUGAGUGCGGACGUCGAGGAAGACGACGCCGAGGAGAGCGAGGAAGAUGACGAGAACUUUACACUGCGGUCGCCACGAGCAAGCGACAUGUCCAGCGACGACCACGAAGUGGAUGAGGCCCUCACACGCAACGUGGAGCGGGGUCACCUAGAUAGUGACCUCAAGGUAUUGCGGCCCAGGGGGAUGGACUUUAACGCACGCAUCGGAGCGGAUACGGACCUCGAUGAUGAUGCUGAGAGGGCGAGGGCACAAUCCCUUGCACAACGAGAUCGUGCCCUCGUGGAGCAGCGGGUGCGAGAGGAAACAGCAAAACGAACUGUUGUCCCCCCUUCGGGGAGGAAGGACAUGACACCGGGUGGAAGGGGCAGUUGCCUCGUAGCUGACGAUGUUCAGCAGCAGCAACACAAGGAAGGCGUGCCGCAGCAGCAAGAAGAGGAAGAAAUGCAUCACCAGCGAGAGGAUGGACUGCAGCAGCAAGAACAAGCAGAAGGGUUGCAACAGAAGACGCAUGAGCAAGAAGAUGGGCUACAGCACCAGCCGCAGCAAGAGGAUGGGCUGCAGCAGCAGCAGCACCAGCACCAGCAGCACCAGCAGCACCAAGAGCCAGCGCAAGAUGGGUUACAGCAGCAGCAAGAGGAUCGGCUGCAGCAGCACCAGCAGCAGCACCAAGAGCCAGGGCAAGAUGGGUUGCUGCAGCAGCAAGAGACUGGGCAGCAGCAGCUGCAACAGCAGCAUCACGAAGGACUGCAGCAGCAGCAGCCUGAUGAGGAUGGACUGCGGCAGCAUCAGCAGCAACAACAUGAUGGUCUGCAGCAGCAGCAGCAAGAGAAGGAGAGUGCGCAACCAAUCACUCGAGUUUACUCCAGGCGGCCACAAGGGUCCACUGCAGCAGCCAUCCUGGAUGCGGUCCAAACCCUUCCUUUCCCACCAGAGAUCGAGGACAUGCAGCACGACAACUUGGACGUCAGCCUGGCAGGAAGGAAGCGAAAGGUGCAGCCUGACACUGGUCCAAAAGUGGCAAGGAAAAGGGGUCGCCCGAGGAAGUAUCCACUGGCAGCGUCCGCAGGUGCUGCUGCCGGUGUGGAUGGUGCUGAAGGGGGUGAGGUGCAAGAGCAUGUCAUUGCGGGGAGGAAGGUGCAAGGGGGCCCUACACUCGCAGUGGACGGUGUGGAGACAAGCCUGCCGAAGCGGCCGAAGCGGAAGGCGGCGAAGAAGGCGAGGGUCGUGGAAGAAGAUCCAACUGACUCGGAUGCAGAAGAAAGCAGCAGUGAGAGUGAUGAAGAGGGUCGGGAAAGCGACUGGGAAUAGCCACAUACAUCAGUGACACAGUGUGGCCCUGAUGUAUGUGUGGGGUUUUAUAGACAGGGAUCAGCGGGGGAGGAAGGUGCAAGGGGGCCCCACACUUCCAGUAGUUUGAGGGCUAAAAAUGUUCGACAGUCAAAGUCAAAGUGGUGGUUGUUUCGGACAGUUAAUCCCUUGGGUUUUCCAAGGCAAUCAAUGCUGUGCCUCUUCUUCUUUUAAUUCGUGUGCUUCUUCUUCUUCUUCUUCUUCUUCUUCUUCUUCUUCUUUUACUUCUUGCACUUCUUCUUCGUUUUCUUCUUUCUUCUUCUGCUGUUAUGACUGCUACCACGU